CUCUCAGUGGAAAAAAAUACUAAGAGAGUUAUUGAGAGGGGGAUCGAGACAAGAGCCAAGGAGAGUGGAGCUUCCAGGUGCUUUGCCCCUAGUUAAAAGCCCAGUACGAGUGUGUAGCGAGAGUGGUCAGAGCCAAGCCAAGCACCCUUCCUCAUGCUUCCUCUCUCCUGCACUUUCCUCCCCUCGCGCUCUCUUUCCCUCCUCCUUCGCACCCGUGAGUGAAAGCGCAGUCAUUCAGAAGGUGUGUCUGAAAUCUACUUCUAGUCAACUGGGAGACAGCUUGCAAGGACAUUUUUCCUCUUCGCUUGGACUUAAAUUUUCUCCAGAGACAGAAGCGAACAAAAAGAAGUCCAUAAAGAUUUUUUUUUUUUCCUCCUGAUUUUUUUUAUGUUAAAAAUCAAUAUCUGACUGAAUCUUGAAGUUCUGAGAUAAACCACAAACAUUUUCAUUUAUUUCUUUCAUCGCAUUUGCUGCAUUUUUCAAGAUCAUGAGCAGAACAUAACAUACCUGCAGAAAGUACCUGUCUGAGAUCCUGAGAUAUCCCUGAACUUCUUCCUCAAGCAGAAGAGCAAGUUUGGAGAUUCUGAGCAAAGAAGACAGUCAACCAUGACACUGGUAUCCAUAUGUGUGCUGCUGCUGAUGUUGGGGGAUGAUGCUCUGUGUGGUGGCUAUGCCCCUAUGCCCCAGAUGAAGUACAUGCAACCUAUGAUGAAGGGUCCAGUUGGCCCCCCCUUCAGAGAGGGAAAGGGUCAGUAUCUUGAGUAUCCACCUGCAAUGGACGUGAAAGGGGAGCCUGGCCCACAAGGGAAGCCAGGACCCAGGGGACCACCCGGGCCCCCAGGAUUACCCGGGAAACCUGGAAUAGGGAAACCAGGUCUCAAUGGUCAGCCAGGACCCCAGGGCCCAUCAGGGUUGCCAGGAAUUGGAAAACCAGGACUACCUGGUCUGCCAGGAAAAGUUGGGCCCAAAGGACCACCAGGAAAUGAUGGUGACAAGGGAUUUCAAGGUGAGCCUGGGGCACGUGGAUUACCAGGGCAACCAGGAUCACCUGGUCCUGCAGGUCUCUCAUUAAAUGGCAAACCUGGGCUCCCUGGAGUUCGGGGCCCACCAGGAUCUAGGGGUGAACCAGGACCAAAAGGUGGUCGUGGUUUGCCUGGUGACAAAGGAGUCAAGGGGGAAAAUGGCAAUGGCAAUCCAGGUCCACCAGGCCUCAGGGGACCUACUGGCCUUCAGGGACCUCCUGGACUUCCUGGUAAUCCAGGUGUGGGAAAGACUGGACUGAAUGGGCCACCUGGGCCUUCUGGAGGAAAAGGAGACCAGGGGCUUCCAGGGGACCAAGGUCUUCCAGGGAAACCUGGGCCUUCAGGACCACAAGGGCCACCUGGAGCAACUGGAGUGGGAAAACCUGGGUUGGAUGGUGUACCUGGUCGACCAGGUCAGAUUGGACCAAAAGGUGAACCAGGUCAAAGGGGUUCUAAUGGAUUUCCUGGGGCUCCUGGUUAUGGUAAACCUGGUCUUACAGGACAGAAAGGAGAUAGAGGCCCUUCUGGAUUACCAGGAGCUCAAGGUGAUAAAGGGGAACCUGGAACAGGAGGUCUACCAGGGGAAACAGGGCCAGCUGGGCAGCCAGGACCUUCAGGUUUACCAGGUCCAAUGGGUCUUCCAGGAAAACAUGGCUUGUCUGGCCUGAAGGGAGACAGUGGUCCCCAAGGGCCUCCUGGCUUGCCUGGACUCAGAGGUGAUCAGGGCCCCAAUGGGCAGGCAGGUAAGCCUGGCCUCCCAGGGGAUAAAGGGCUUCCUGGGCCAAGUGGAUCCAUUGGAAAACCAGGUCCUAAAGGUGAUGCUGGUCACAUUGGUUUGCCUGGUAAUCCUGGACUGAGUGGGCCUCAAGGCCCUAAAGGAGAAAAUGGCCUUCCAGGGCCAGCAGGGUCACGUGGUAUAGCUGGAAUUCCUGGGUUACCAGGGCCCACGGGCCAUAUGGGGCCACAGGGCAUUCCAGGAUUGAAAGGAGAACUAGGCCCACCAGGACCCCCAGGAAAUGGAAAGAACGGGGAUCAGGGAAUGCCAGGUCCACAGGGACCACCAGGAAAACCAGGCCCUUCUGGAAUAAAUGGUCCCAGAGGUCUCCCAGGUCCACCCGGCCCACCCGGCCCACCUGGUCCUUCAAAUGGAGAUACCAAAGUAGCUGUGUCAGGGCUUGAUGUUGGUGGAGAAACAAUACCAAGUCAAAAUGGAAAACCACAAUUUAGAGUUGAGCUUUCUGCUACUGCAGCUCCUGCUUUCACUGCUAUUCUCACAACACCUUUUCCACCAUCUGGUAUGCCUAUCAAAUUUGACAGGACUCUCUACAACGGGCAGAAUGCUUAUAACCCCACCACUGGUAUCUUCACCAGCCCAAUGCCUGGAGUUUACUACUUUUCUUACCACGUUCAUGUAAAGGGAACCAGCCUGUGGGUGGCACUAUACAGAAACAAUGUGCCUGCCACAUACACAUAUGAUGAAUACAAGAAGGGCUAUAUGGACCAGGCAUCAGGUAGUGCAGUGCUGGAGCUAAAAGAAAAUGACCAGGUAUGGAUGCAGAUGCCAUCUGAUCAAGCAAAUGGGCUCUACUCCACUGAGUACAUACAUUCAUCCUUCUCAGGCUUCCUACUGUGCCCUACAUAACAGGCCAUCUUAUACAUCAUUUAUUAUCUAGUGGUCUGCAGUCACACAAGUAACACCUGUAACAACAAAAACAGGAAAGACUGAACAACAUAAAAACCAAGAUAAAAGUAGGACAUGGAAACUUUGCUGUAUCUGUUUUAGCGCUUUAAAAGGUCUGAUUUGAUUAUGGUUUUACUUUAAGUGUGUUUGAUAUCUUCUGCGUAUAGUAUGUUAUUAUAACUGUUGUAUUAAUGUUGUUGCGGUCAUUGUUUUAUUCAUGUACUUGAUGUUAUUGUUUAUUGGAAUCAAACAAUGUGUAAGUAACAGUUUUACCCAUGUGACUGCACACUCAAAUGACUAAUUGAACUCCAUCUCUUUGACUCUGGGGAGUGUGUUCCCCUGACUGCAGUCACAUUUAGUUUGAACUUGUUGUUUCUCUUUUAUUCCCUUUAAAUAACAGGCUUCUAACUCAGUGCCAUAUUUCACAAAUUAUUUGUAAAAAUAAAAAAGAUUAAUAAAACAAUUAUUUCUGUGCUAGCCUGGUAAUUUUAAGUGACUAAAUUAAAAAUAUUUUGUUUAGAUUAAUCUGCCUACAGUCACAAAGGAUACAGUUCAUUGCUACUCUUUGUGAUUUGGUGGUA